UUAUGUGUGUAGUUGUGAUUUUCAUUAAGCUAAAGCCUGAAGCUAGGGAACCAUAUGUAGCUUUUGCCAUUGGUCACAAUUUUGCACAAACUUUUAACAAAUGUAUCCCUAAUGAGUUAAAUAUUUAGCCGAGUUAAACUGUUGAAUAGAUUUCAGUGACGCUGCAGGUAAUAAGAGGUGUGGAACCUCUCACAUGAAACUAGUUGAUCCAGUGUAACCAGUGACCUAACACUCACCGGCUCCAAAAUCUUUCCUGUUUCUGUUUAAACAAACAUACAAGCAAUGUUUUUGUUUGAGCUAAAGCAUUUCUCCUCUCAUCAUUCACAUCAGAGGAAUAAUUAACCAAAUAAUUGUUAAAUUUAUUACAUGUUAUUCUCUAGUAAUCCUUUAAAAGGCUUUAGCUAUGAUAGCUUUUAGCCCAAAAUCUCAAAAAUAAUAAAGAAUGUUGCAUUUUGUGGAUGAUUUACCUGCAAUUGUAUUUCUUUAUUUUUACCAUGUUUUAUUUUGUUACUAAAUGUGUAACAGGCUGGUAUUCCACUGUAUAAAAGGUAUAAAUGAGUAUUUUUUAUAAUAAAAAGUUGGGACCGGUACCUGACUCUGGAUUUUGAUACACAGAGUCCAGAAAUCAAUCGAACAAGGAAAACAGAACCUGGCAGAAUUUUGGUAUUAGUGAUGUAACUGAAAUCAAAGCCAUAAUUAGAUGUGAGUGGUGUAAUUGGAGCAGCAGCUGUUACAGCACCAUUUAAAUUAAAUAAAAAGAGAAACACAUUCAUUUCUUCGCUUGUGUUAACGCGUGUGUUCUCAGGUCGUCUGGUUCCUGCCGUCUCUCAUGCCUUCCUCUGGGAACUCGGUGAAAUGGACGUUACCAGAGUUCUUUGGGCAGCGGAGGCUGUUGGGUCUUGGAGCUCUGCUGGCGUGGCUCAUUCUCUUCCAUCUCCUGGUCAACGCCUGGUUGCUCUGCAUCUUCACCAGCCUUUUGGUGGUUCUGGGCAGUUGGCUGGGUUCCAGAGCGGCUCUGGAUGCCAACAGCUUUCUACACUUGGAGCACUUCCUGCCUCUGGGUAAAGCUAACCCUCAGUGUUCGCCUGAGCAUGAGUGGAGGCUGAACCACGAGAUCCACAGCGCUGUCCACAAAGCGGUGCGUGAUUUUGUGUCCUCGUGGUAUCGCACCAUGCUGCCUGAGGUGGAGGGGGAGUUUGAGCGUGCAGUGCGUAACUCAAUGCUGGAGUCAGUGAUGGAGCUGAAGGAGCGAGCUCGGCGAGUGGACAGGAAAGCGCUGGUUCAGCGCCUGCUUGAGCUGUACGGCUGUCACCUGCAGAGCUACAUGACAGUGAGACAGGUACAGUCAGCACAGAGGGAGAGGGGGGAGAACAUCAGCCUGUGGCACAUCUACAGUCAAGUAGAUUCUCCUCAUCCAGCUGUGAGCAGUCCCACCACUGAGCUCACCUACUCCAGGGCUCUAGUUAACCUUGUGCUGCAGGUUCUGGUCCCGUAUCCCCAGAUGGAAACCAGGACAGGUAGUUAUAUGGUUACAGAACUCAUCACCUGCAAUGUGCUGCUGCCGCUCAUAAGCCGAGUAUCUGACCCUGACUGGCUCAACCAGACCAUUAUGGACAUAUUCACCAGAUCCAGAGAGCCACAGGAGAUCAGCGCGGAGGACUCUGCUGCUGAAACAUUAUACAAGUGUCCGAUCCAGCACGAGUCCUGGACCAAAUGCAAGCCUCCAUCGGUUUGUGAUCUGACUGAUUCAGGGAGCACCAUACACACCGAUGAUCGUCAGAAUCAGAGCGCCAUCUCUGCAACAAGCUCCUCCAUCAGCAGCAUGUUCAGCAUACCAAACACAGAGAACUGCUGCUCGCUCACGCCUGACUCGCUGUCAUCAGGAUCAAAAGUGGUUUCCCUGGACUCUCUCAUCCCUUCGGAGUCAGGCGAGGACUUGAGCAGAGCUCUCUGUAACUGUGGUCCUCUCACCAACCUCUGCAGCCCGCUUGCUAUGAACGAUGAAGAAGCUGUCGGUUGUUUUGGGCCUCUGAGGAAUCUUGGACCAAAGGCGAUUGUGCCGGACGACUCGCUGUGGCCAGCAGGAAUAGCUCAGGAAAAGUCUCCGGCAUACCCUCGAAGGAAUCUGCGUCUAAACUCCUUCAGCCUUGACUCCCCCACCGCUUCAGCAGUGAAUUUCCAAAACCUGCAUAUUUCUGGUACAGUCAGCGUCAAGGAGCAGCGCAGCACCGGCACACACACCUACACACUCUUCAAUGUACAGUUUGAGACCCCGGCUGAUGGCGACACCCCCGACACAGCACGACCUGCAACCUGUCGCACCGUCAGACGCAGAUACAGCGAGUUCCUCAACCUGCAAGCUCGAUUAGAGGAGAAGCCUGAAGUCAAGAAAUUAAUCAAGCACGUCAAAGGCCCAAAGAAGAUGUUCCCUGAUCUCCCUUUUGGAGGUCUGGAUGGGGAGAAGGUGGAAGCUCGUAGAAGUCAGCUGGAUGCCUUCCUGAAGCAACUUAGCAGCAUUCCUGAGAUAACCAGUGGUGAAGACAUGCAGGAGUUCCUUGCCAUCAACUCAGACGUCUGCACGUAUUUUGGACGAAAACCUUUAAACAAAUCGAGGAUUGAUAAGAUGAUGGAAAACGCUUUAGAUACGUUCAGAACAGCAUUCCCUCACCCUGAGAUCCCCAGUCCCAUGGAGGACGUUGAAGGCGACACUGAAGGACGAACGAUGGAUUACAGGAAGUACAGAAGGUUGUUCCCAACCAAAGUGUCUCCAUCUCUGAACAUGACCGACCUUCAUCCUAAAGUGACCUACUGUUUCAGUGAAGGCUGCACGGUUCUUAACAGGAUGUCGCUGUCAGGCCUGGAGGCUUUUGUCAGGGAGCAGGAAUGUGGGCUGAACGUGACAGAACCAACGAGGAGCUGUGAGCUCCAGGUCAAAGACAAGAGAGUUUCAGAUAAAUCAGAUACAGCUGUGGCAGAUGUUGCUUUGAACAUUUUGUGCCUUCUGAUGAAGGAUCAUUGGAGCUGGUUGUGCACAGAAAACAUACAAAAGGCUAUCAGGUUGCUGUUUGGCACCUUCAUUGAGAGAUGGUUGGAUGUAGGCGCUGCCCACCUCACUAGUGCCCCCUGCUGGGUGAUUUACCUCCAAGUGCUGCAGGAGGCUGUGUGGCCAGGCGGCAGGCUGCCUGCUCAUCCCCGACCCGAGAGAAGCGCAGCAGAGAAACAGGAGACAAAGGAGCGGUGUUUAAACUGUGUGAUGCAGCUGAUCCCUGAGCUGAUAGCUGACAUGCUGGGCAGUGAAAAGUUUAGGCUGAGCUUGGAGACCAUGCUGGAAUCUCUACAGGAUCAUCAGAUAAACAAGCAUCUGAUCUACUGCAUGUGUGACCUGCUGCUGGAGUUUCUGAUCCCUGAAUCAUGUGACGAGGCCUUCCAGAGGUGUCUGCUGCAGACUCUGGCUAAAGCCACGGGGAGGGACGGCCCCCAUAUCAGAUCAACAAACUCGUAGAUUUGAUCUCAAGUGCAGGAAGCAACUGAUCAAAUUAAUGAGGUCCAGGCUAAACAAGCAACAUGAGUGUGUUUUGUGACUUUAUUCAUUUAUUUGUUAAUGCAAAUGUUUGUUCUUGCAGAUAAGAUGAUGUCUGCAAAUGAUUCUGAUUUUAAUUGAAACAUAUUUUUAAGGUUGAAUGAUUGAACGAUUCAACUGAUUAAAAGAAAAGGCUUUUCUAUAAAAAAGGUAAACAUAACAGUAAAAAAAUAAAUGAUUAUUUUAUCAAUGUGACCAAAUAUUUUUGGUGAUGUGAUUUUUAUUGCAGCUUAGUUCUCAUGUGUCCUUUCCACUGACACAGCUCUAAGCCCUGAUAAAAGCUGGUGCCUCAUUCUGAUAAAGGAUGGUUGCAAACUUUGUUCUUUUUAUUAUUUAACAGGGAACCAUUUCUGCCUUUAGCCUCUGGUGUUAUGGUGUGGCUCUUGCUGUUGCUCAAAGAAAUUCGUAUUAUUGCUAAAUGAGGUUUUCCAAUCUCUCUUUCUGGCUUUACCAAAACGUUUCACAGAGAGCUCAGAUAAAAGCAGAAACUUUGAUUGUUCUGAUUUAAACUUGGAUUCAGUGCAGUUUUUGAGAGAAUCCCUGUUUAAUCCACCAGAGCUGUCCUUAAGACACUUCAGAGCUUUUUUAACCUGUGUAUUCAGCAGAUCAUCCCAUUUUCCAGCUUUGAAAUGCACCUUUUGUAAAAAUAAUUUGGAUUAAAAUCCAUCCUGUUUUAUUUGAUUUUA